AGGAAGCUAAACCGAUGAAGAGGUGCUAGUUGGCUUUACUUGAUUAAAUUCUGAUUUUAUCAAGUUAUUGCCAUCGUUAAUUAUUUUGUAAAUUAGUUUGGAUACUUACGACCUUUUUUGUUUACGAAAGUUCGUGUUUAUCGUUGAAGAACCGCUGUUGUCAAGCAGGAAUCAUCCAAAAAUAAGUGAGGUUAUCCAAUGGAUGCCAGACUUCGAGAAAGAUACAACGAUGGUGUUUAAGCUGCAAACGCACCGAGUCCCUCUUUGAGACGACGUCUGAUGAAAACUCAUUACAGCGUUACAGACCCCAGCAUGGAAGACAAGGCAAAUGGCUCUGUUGACACCAAAAGCCCGGUGGAGAACGGUCAGCUGCCAGACCCCGCGAACUGGGGGGUUGCUGAUGUCGUCAAUUACUUCAAGGCAACAGGGUUUGAGGAGCAAGCCACAGCUUUCCAGGACCAGGAAAUUGAUGGCAAGUCUUUGCUCCUGAUGACACGUAAUGACGUCCUUACUGGGCUGUCAAUUAAGCUCGGUCCUGCACUGAAAAUCUACGAGUACCAUGUAAAGCCACUGCAAACUCAACACCUGAAGAGCAACGCCUCGUAGCAGCAUAGGCUGUCCCCAACAACCACCUCAGUGACAAUCAUCGUGUCAGGAGUCCCCAGGUUAGCUGCAGCUUCAAAGACUCCUCUGGCUACAGUGGCACCUUAACAGGAUUUGAAUGCUGUAUGUUUUUAUAAGCGAGAACUCCGAAAAUGGGUUGCACAUGGAGUCCACUCAGCUGUUUACCCUUUCAGCCAUUCUUAUGUCUGCUGCUUGAGAUUUGUAUUUUAUUUUUGUCUGUCUUUUAUUUAAACGAAGGAAAUUUGAGGACAAAACUCUGCGGGUAUAAUUAUUUUCUUUUUUAAGUGAGUAUGUUUUUGUGUGAGAUGUGAAUUAACCUAUGUUGGUUUAAAAAAAAAGUAUUUGUAUAUAAGAUGAUAUAUAGUUGAAAACUGUGUAUGUUCUAUCAUCUUUGAAAACUUUGAUACAUGCAGUAAAUUAUUCUAAUGCAUCCCAUUUGUCCUAAAUCAGUUUUAUGCUCUGAACUGUGCAGCUGAGUCCAUGAGUCGUCUUUAGCAUGUAACAAUGAAGCAUCUUGUUUUCCUUGACAUGAGCCAAUCAAAAGCCUCUAUGUUCCUGCACACCUACAGUACAUUAUCCAGGCUCAAGGUUCUUGAUAUAAAAAAUAUUUAUGUGUAUAUAUUCUUAUGUUCCUACCUGUGGUGCUUUCAGCAUUGUCACAAAGACAACUGUAUUGAAGUGUGUAUGACCAAUGUAUAUGUGAAACAUUACACUGGAGUUUGAAAUCUAAAUCAAAGAUUUGCAAUAAAUGGUGCUCCUUUCUCACCAAAGAACAA